UUGAUGUGGAUGUUGUAGUUCUUACCACUGGAGUACUAGUAUUAAUAACUCUACUGCCAAUGAUACCCCAGGCAGGAAAACAGUACCUGCAUGAGUUCUUCGACAUCUUUGGGCGCCUUUCUACGUGGUAUUUAAAGAAUCCAGGUCAUGUUCCAGAGGUGUACAUGGUUUACCUCCAAGUCAGUGUUUAUGCACUCUUUCAUCGACUGUAUGGAAUGUAUCCAUGUAACUUUGUCUCCUACCUUCGUUCACAUUAUAGCAUGAAGGAAAACCAUGAAACUUUCGAGGAGGUAGUGAAGCCAAUGCUGGAGCAUGUGCGAAUCCACCCUGAGUUAGUGACUGGAACCAAGGAUCAUGAACUGGACCCAACAAGGUGGAAGAGAUUGGAAACCCACGAUAUUGUUAUUGAAUGUGCCAAAGUCUCCCUUGAUCCAAAGGAGUCAUCAUGUGAGGAAGGUUACACCACAAUGCCAGAACAUUUCUGUACGCACCUUCAACACAGACAGCUGGAUCCAAGUGCCAGUCCUUUCACUGAUAGCCAGAGCAACUAUGGGAGUAUUUCUUCCACCCCAUUCUCGACUCCUAAGGUGCCUGUAACACAAUUCUCGGGACCUCAGUCUUUGCGCAAGAGUCCUCAUACCUCCCAACCACUAGCAGAAUCUCAGCAGGAUGCGUAUUGGAGCCCUGCAGUGCAAUGCGGCAUGUGUACUCCACCACCGAUGUGUUCAGGAGUAUCGCCUACAAAUAUUCCAUCAGACCUGUCCCAAAGUGCUUCAUACAUUUCCAGCAAAGCUACCACCAGUACACCUAGUGGAAAAGAAACUCCAUCAGGAACUCCAGCCACCUCCCCUCCACCCAGCAGUUCUGAUGAAUAUGAGCACAUAUCCAUGCCACAUACCGUUACCACUCCUUCUAAGAAGGAUGGAAAAACAGGAAGUUCAAGACCAUCGCUCGCCAGACAGAACAAUAUAACACACCGCGAUAAAGGAACAGAGCCAGCUGACAGUGAGAAUGCAAAAACGGUGUCAUUGCAAGACCUCCCUAAGGUUAUAGAAGGUUUUCACUUGCAGCAAAGUAGCAUAGAAAAAGAGGAAGCUGCUAUAACAGAAGAACUUUCAGAAAUUACAACAGAACGAGGGACUACAUUACUCAGAGGAGGCUUUGACUCUCCAUUCAAUCGCACAACUGAAACUCUCACUGGCUGUCAAAAGAAAUACUGUCAUCCUCAAGCUGCGCAGUGUUUGAACAGGCAAUCAUACCACACUGAGUACAGUAGCCCUUGCACACCAGACAAAUUGGGCAGUAGUGGAACUCGAAACACCCCCAGCCAAGAAAGAUGCGCCCCCAAAAGAACAUUCACUCCUAUUGAAAUGCCUUCCAAUUGCAGUCCUGCUGGAAUAAGAACAGAACAAGAUUCUUUGGAAAUCAGUGUUAUCACCCCUAGUCCCCAUAAAGUUUCACCACGGGAGAAUUCUGGCUUGGAGAGCACUCAUUCAGAACCUUUCAGUUAUCUUUUUGACCUGGCUCUUCCAAAGACUGCGAGCCACUUUAUUCGUCAGAAGACAGAAGAGUUGUUGAAAAAGAAAAAGGAGUGCGUUGAAGGCGAGGGUGAGACUUCAUCUUACUCUCCUUUGGAAGUGCUGGAUAAGCUCAUACAACAAGGUGCUGAUGCUUAUAUGAAGGAGCUUAGUAGGUUAUCGCUGCCCAACACGUCUGCUGAUUGGACGCACUUUGGAGGUUCUGCUCCAGUGGAUGAACUUCACACACUAAGAAAUCAGUUAGUAAUGCUACAAAAUCUUCUUCAGUAUGAACGUUACAAGCGGGAACAACAUGCUGUACGGAAUCGGAGACUUCUGAGAAAAAUUAUACAUGCUACUGCCCUUGAAGAACAGAAUACUGCUAUGAAAGAUCAGCUGAAGCUGCAGGAGCUGGAUAUCCAUUCUUUGAAGUGCUGCCUGCAGAGGGAACAAUUUCAAUGCCAACGUCAACAGGAAGAGCAUGUGAAAGUCUUGAGCAAACUACACAGUCAGAUCAAGCAGCUUCAUUACGAACGUGACCAGCUUCAAAGCAGGAAUCGUCAGUUAGAGACUAAGUUACAAGAAUGUCAGCAGACAACAGGAGACCUGAAAAUAGAGUUACAGAAGGCAAAGAAUAAAAUUAGCAACACAGAAUAUAUGCUAAACCAGCUCAGGCAGAAGUUAUCUACCAGUGAAUCUGUCCAGCAGCAUAUGGACUUCCUAACCAAACAGCUUCUGAUUCUUGGGGAAGUGAACGAAAUCUACAUGGAAAAGCUACAGCAUUGUAAUGCAGACACUUCUAAGGAGGUUCAGAUGUUGCAUGACACUCAUUUGAAAGAACAGGAAAAACAGAAACUCUGUAUUCUACAACAGAACCAGAGGCUUGACUCUGCACAGAAAAGGAUAGCUGAACUGGAAUCUCAACUCACCAAGAAAGAACAUCUCCUCUUGGAGCAAAAGAAAUUUCUGGAAGAUGUCAAAAGUCAAGCAAGAGUGCAACUGAAGGCGGCAGAGGAUAGAUAUUUAGCCCAGAAGCAUAUUACACAGCGUUUUGAAUCUCAUAUUUUGGAUCUGUACAGCCAGUUAGAGAAGAAAGUUCUUGCAGAACACCCACCUUCUACCUCAAAGGAUAGAUCAGAAGUAGCUAAACAAACACCUGAAAGUUGCAGAUCAGAAAAAGUCAAGGGAAGCAAAGUAAACAGCAGAAAUCUUGAUGACACAUCUGCUGGUCAGACCAAGCCUACAAAAGGUCCCACUUUCAACCCUCAGAGCAGUGGAACUAUAAGCAAAGUGCCAUCUCGGGACACAGCACGAUCCACAGCAGAAUCUGUGAAUAGCAGCAGAGAGGUUCCUUUCCUGGGGGAGCCGUCCAUUAAUCUCCCAAUGACUUGUGGUUCAUGUCCUAGCUCUAAAAGCUUUCUUGGCAUGAGGGCUCGUGAACUGUUCCGCAACAAGAGUGAGAGCCAAUGUGAUGAGGAAAGUGUUACGAUAUCAGGCCUUUCUGACACACUAAAGACAGAUUUGUGUAGAGAAACUGGCAGUAGAGCAGAUGUGGUGCCACCCUCAAGAGCUGACAAACAUCAAAAUGAAGCUAGUAGUCAAGAAAACCAUGUCAGCAAGCUGCGUAUUAUGGACUACAAUGAAACUCAGCAGGAUCAUAAUUGAGGAGUAAUGAAAAGUAAAUCAGUGUUAUGUUCAUAUUCCUGGCACAGAACAGAACUAAAUGCAGAGUUUAACUAAAAGCUUUCAGUUUGAAGUGGUCUACAAACUGUGAAGUUAUAUGCAUCUUUAAUUUUAAAUACUUUGUUUAGCACAUAAAUUGAGCAAUGCAAGGCUGUCUCCAGGUCUCCAAAUUCAGACAUCUACAAAGAAGAAUCUUGUACACUGAGGAAUCCUGUGUCCAUGUCUGCCUUUGAUGCUUAAGUCAAAUUACUUGCUAUAAGGAAAAGGAAUAAAUUGUUUUCGUUGCUGCUAGAGCCUUAUAGUCGAUCACUGCACUGACCGCAGUCUGAGUUUAGUCUUCUCCAUCUAGUUAUUUAAUAUAAACUUAAACCUUAUUACAUGCACAUUCAUGCUUUUAAAAUUCCCUGCACAAUUGUGUUCUGCCCUGUUACCAGUGUAAUGUGUGUGCCACAGGAUUUUUUUUUUUUGGGGGGGGGAUAUGGAAUGAAAACUAAAGUGAAUGCUGGUUUCAAAAGCACUUUAUGUACCAGAAGUGUAUGUUUCUGUACUUUUAAAUGGUAUCUGAUUAACUUUCCUUGUAUAAAAACCAACUCAGAAGCUCGAGGGUGCUAAAGUGAAUUGUUUCUUUCUUUAAUUCCAUCUGCCCUGUCAAUUUGUCUUUUUUACAAGUGAGUCAGUCGUCUGAUACAGAGUCUGAGGCUUUUAGUAAUGCACAUAGUGCUAGCCUAAUGAAAUGUGCAGAGAGAUGGAUGUAUAAAUAUACUGAUAUUCAGGCAAAGGGAUUCUUCACUACUAAUGUGUACAUUACUCAAAUGAGAAGAUGAAACAUAUUCCCUUAUGUACAAAAGUCAACAACUGACCAUUUCAGGAAAUCGUUUCCUGAAUAAAGUUUGCAGUUUUCCCACCAGCUAGCAUGGGUACUGCUCUUGGCUGCUUGGUAGGGUUUUGUUUUGCCCUGAUGUUAGAGAAAGCAGAAAAGGUGGUGUCCAUCUUUAUAUACUGGCAUAAUAAAGUGUGUGUGGUGGGGGGGGGGGGGUUCAUGCUGUGUUUGUGCAGAUCAUGCUAGGUACAUGUCAGUAGCACUCUUAAUGUUGAGGGUUUUAUGCACGUCCUGUUACUUUUGGUUUAUGAGGAGACUGUUAAUGUCUUGCAUGUUGUACUGCAAUGUCCAUUGGUGAAGUCAGCCACAUUAGUGUUUGUAACAGGACUAAGAUCCCUGCUUUAAGUGUGGCUAAUGCACAGUAGUGUCACUGAUGCUGACCAAGGAUCCCGGUGCCGUCAUCUAAAGCAGAGAGGAAGAUAAUUGCAGGAAAACGAUCUCUUGAACACUUAAUGCACAUCUACCCUUAUUAAUGUUUGUCUGGGUAUUGUAGUUUCUAGUGUAUUGUUUAUAUACCACAACCAUCUAAGAAAAGUUCCUGUUGAAUUUGCAAGUCACUUGGAGCAUGUCCACUCACUUUAAGAUAAAUGCAUAUGCAGACUUUGUACAUAUUCCAUAAAUCAGUGGAAGCAAAAAAAAGCAUUAAAAACACUGCCCAACAUAGUAUGUCCUUUCAGAUUCUUGCUCUUACCCAUUAAAUUCUACAUAGGUGUGAGGUUAUGAAUAUGUCAGAAGGCCCUUCCUGGCUAAACUGACUCGUUUCUUUUCAGAUCUGAUCAGCAGUCUGACUUAAGAAUUGUACUGCAGCACUUAAGCAGAAUCAGACAUCACUGUAGGAUGUAUGUAACCAGUUUUCAUUUAACAGGAAUGACUUGAUUGUAGUGCAACCUUUGUCCAUCUUGCUUCACUUUCCUUAUUGAUACAGUGAGUGUUUUUAUGUUUUUAAAAAAAUGUAUAAUCUUUAAGCCUCAGUCCUCUGAAGAUUUUUAAGAGGCCUAAAGUCCAGGAGUAAAACAGUGCUGAGGAUACUGUUUCAUUCAAAUGCCUGAUAGCAUCUUCCCUUUUUGCAGCCUAUAGGAGAGGGUCUUCAGUUAGAGAAAGGACAUGUAUUGAAUCACUCUAAUUUUCUCCAUGCUAUUCCUUGUUUGUUUGACUUCUGCUGUUUCCCAGACCUACAUUUCCAAUAUUUCUGACUUAAAUGUGUUGGUGUAUGUUGUGACAUAACUACACCAGUGUGUCGUAAAAAGAAACGGACUGGAAAUAGAGUGCUUAAAUAUAGAUUAUACUCCUAAGAAAUGGUAAGCACUUAAAUAAUUGUACUUACAACAUUCCACUUAAUAUUAUUUGGGUGAAAUGUGUUCAGAUUACCUAACAGAACACAAUGUUUCAAAAAUAUGCAGCAGUGUGUGGCUUAGAAAAAAGAUAAAACAGUAUUACACCUGAGGUGUUUAGUAGUACUAGUCUCAUAAUGACUUUUGCAUCAGUUUUAUUCCUUUAUGCACACACAAGGGGGUGGGAGCAGAAAAAUAAUGUCCAUAGAGAUGUUACGGUACAUUUAGGGUGUAUGGAGCUUUGAGCGUGCUUGUCUGUAAGAAAUCUAAAGUGAAGAAAGCACCAUGUGUCUCUCUAGAUUUUAAGUGCACAAUGUUUUUCAAGACAGAAAUGAAUGUAUCCCUCUAGGAAAAAGGUCUACCAACCACUGAUCAUGGCACAUUAUUUUUGUGGGACUGUCCAUUGGCGAGGUGGUCCACUUAAAUAAUAAAAUGUGUACUAUUUUGGGGUGACACGUUAGUAGCUGUUCCUGGAGAUUGCAUAAUAUCCAAAAUAUGAUGUAAUCAAAAAAAGUUGAAGCCUUCUCUUGUGAAGAAAUUAGUUGUAGUCUGAUUAUGGUUCCCAUUAUUACUCCCUCUUCCUGUCCUCUGAGCCACUGUAGGACCCAUCUGAGGCUGGUUCAUGACCAUAAUUAUGUCAUUGCUGUGGAAUCUCUACUUUUGGUACUUUCAGAUUCUUGCUCUUACCCAUUAAAUUCUACAUAGAUGUGAGGUUAUGAAUAUGUCAGAAGGCCCUUCCUGGCUAAUGCUUGCAAUUAAAUAAAAUAACCAGGGACCACCAAGAGAAUAAUUGAACAUUGCAUUCCAGGGUCGUUAUUAUUUCUUCAGCGUAGGAGGUAUUGCUCCAAUUUGCUUUUUAACAUUUGUGAGAUAUUGCUUCAUCUUGCCUUUUGAAUAUUUUCAAGAAACACUUCUAUAUAAUGCACUUGGAGUGGACAUUUGUCAUAUAUGUAUGCCAUUUCAAGUCUGUCAUCAGCUUGUAGAAAAAUGUUGAAAAUUGCCCUGCACCUACCUCAUUCUCUCCUACAGUUUAGCAAGUGAGUAUCGACUAUUAAUUAUGUGAUGUGAUCAGGGGCAUGUGGGAGUAUGUUGUUAGUCAGAACUGCAAGGUUUAUUUAACUGUUCACAAAUUAGGAGGAGAUCUUAACCUGCCCUCAACAUUCAAGAUGUAACGCAUUUGUUUACUGGAGUCAGUGGUGUGAUUAUGAAUCACCCUAAGGACAGGUCUUAAUAUAAAGCUUAGUGUCAUCUGAAUUAAGGCUGGGAAAAAUGCACAUUACUUAAAGAAGACUGCAAGAUAUGCAGGCUGAGUAAAUUAAGUAAACAGCAGUAAUGUUAUUCCCAUUUAGUUCAUUUCUUUUUAUAGUACUUCUCCGACCAUGUUAUAUUUAAAAUUGGACAGAGGCUUAUUAUCAAGAGAAAAAUAUAUUUAAUAAACAUAAGUGACAAGCAAAGUAAAAUUGGCAGGUGAAGUUCAGAUUACUUGUUUGCUAAUAAUUAUCUGUAAAACUAAAAAAAGAAAAGCACUUUUUGUCAACUCAGAAUAAGUGGAGUAGUGGCCACAGUGCGUGUGCAUGUGUGUGCGUGAUAUAUAUAUAUAUAUAUAUAUAUAUAUAUAUAUAUAUAUAUAUAUAUAU